AAAUCCCAAUCGCUGUUUCCAAUUUCCCAUGUUGUCCAAAUGAGGCCCCCCGGAACUGCCCCAACUCUCUCUCGCAGAGACUCUGAUCUCUUCGGCGACCCUAAAAAGUCCAGACACAAUCCUCGACAUCCAGUGGCCGAUCGGUGAUCGUUCCCAAUUGUUUGGGAUCCAAGAAAAUUUUGAAUCCCUAAAUUAGCUGCGUUUCCUCAAACCCAUUUGCUGUAAUUCCAAACUGUUUAUUUCCAAAUCAAGUUGUGUUUUUUGAGGGUGUAAUAAAUAUGCACUUUCAUAACUGAAAUGUCGAUGUUCAAAUCCAGCUACUGCUAAUGGUUCAUUUUCGGUGCACUAUCUAGUUAUUGUCCUGAAGAAUUUUGGGCUCUAUGUGCUGUAGUUUCCCUACUUUGUCAUGCACCCCUGUAUUUUCUGGGUUGGUGACUUAAAGUAUGUCUGGAAACUAAUGCAAUGGCAACAUCCAGCAAGUUUGAUCUCUCAUCUGGCAGCCCUGAUAGACCAUUAUAUGUCAGUGGGCAGCGUGGAUCCCACAUAGCUGCUUCAUUGGACAGAUCAGGUAGCUUUCGUGAGAGCAUGGAGAACCCAAUACUAUCUUCCCUUCCGAACAUGUCAAGAAGCACAUCCACAGUAACCCAAGGAGAUGUGAUUAGCUUCCUCCAACAAUCGCCCUUCGAUCCAAAAGAGCAUAUGUCUAUUCAUAAAGGGGACUUUAAGGGACAUAUGAACGUUGUUCUUGGCAUUUCACCAGAUAAAUCUCCCUCUGGUUCUAUUAAAGGCAAGUUGCUACCAUCUCCAUCACCAGAGGACAUCAAACGAGUCAAGGCUGGUCUUCGUGAAACCUCUGCCAAGGCCAGGGCACGUACGAAAUCUCUCACUGAAGCCUUAUUAGUAUUCAACAAGUUUUUUCCAAGCAUAGCUUCUAAAAAGAGAUCUCGCUCAGAAGCUUAUGCCAAUGACCGAUCAGGUGCAGUGAUGUCAAGUGAUCGAUCAGGCAUCGGGCAUAGCAUGGGUAAGAUUGGGACUCAAAGUCAUGCCAUCCCUGGUGGUUUUGAACUUGAGCAGCAAAAAUCAGAAGAGCGGACUAAAAAUGCUGUCCCAAAUAAGCGCACUCGAACUUCUUUGGGGGAUGUGAGGAUGGAUAUGCGGAGUAAUACUCUUGUCAGGCCAACUGGGGCUGUAGAUAGGGAUAGGGAAAUGCUGAGGCUUCCAAAUAGUGGUGCAGUUCAGGGUGAGGAUAGGACUUUAUCUAUUGGAAUCGAUGGUUGGGAAAAGACAAAAAUGAAGAAGAAGCGUUCUGGGAUAAAGCCAGAUGCUUCUCCAAGUACAAUACCAACUAAACCUAUGGAUGGCUACCGGGAAAUUAAACAGGGAAUGCAGCAAAGACCUGUUAGCGAUGCCAGAUCAAGGUUAAAUAAUGACUCUCAUGGUUUUAGGCCAGGAGUGGCUAGUGGAGCUGUUGAAGUUGGAAAAUCGGAUGGAAUCUCCCAACAGACUAGCUUGGGUAUCCGUUCAUCCGUCCCUAGGGCUGAUCCAGAUAGCAGUUCCCUUAUCAAUGAUAGGAGGGAGCGCCCUACUGGUUCAGAUAAGGAAAGGACGAAUCUCAGAGCUGUUAAUAAAGCAAAUGUUCGUGAUGAUUCAAAUUCAGCUAGUCCUACCUCAAAUACAAAAAUUAAUGCAUCUAUCCGGGCUCCACGGUCAGGCUCAGGAGUUGCACCAAAGUUGUCUCCAGUUGUCCAUAGAGCAUCGAUUUCCAAUGAUUGGGAAUCUCAUUGUACAAACAAGCCCCCUGUGGCUGUUGGAGCCAACAACCGCAAACGAAUGGCAUCAGCACGGUCUUCGUCUCCACCCGUUACCUGGGGAGGCCAGAGGCCACAGAAAAAUUCCCGCAUUGCGAGAAGAUCUAAUUUUGUUCCCAUAGUUACAAGUAAUGAUGAAACUUCUGCUUUGGAUAGCACAUCUGAUGUUACGGGUAAUGAUACUGGGUUGGGAUUUGCUAAACGUUUGCCAGGAAAUUCUCCUCAGCAAGUUAAGUUAAAAGGUGAACCAUUGUCUUCAGCUGCAUUAUCUGAGAGUGAGGAGUCAGGGGCUGCUGAAAUAAAAUCCAGAGAUAAAGUUAAAAAGUCUGAUGAUAUAGAAGAGAAAUCCAUACAGAAUGUUCAAAAGGUUUCCACUCUGGUCUUGCCAUCAAGAAAGAAUAAGCUGGUUAGUGGAGAAGACCUUGCAGAUGGAGUUCGGAGGCAAGGGAGGACUGGACGAGGCUUUACUUCGACAAGGUCUCUCAUGCCAAUGACCGGAGAAAAGAUCGGCAGUGUUGGAACUGCAAAACAACUUAGAAGUGCCAGGCAUGGUUUUGACAAGACGGAAAGCAAGACUGGUCGUCCACCAACUAGAAAACCUUCUGACCGUAAGGCCUAUACACGUCAAAAGCAUACAGCAAUAAAUGCAUCUGCAGAUUUCCUUGUUGGUUCCGAUGAUGGACAUGAAGAGCUUGUGGCAGCUGCAAAAGCUGUUGUAAAUGCUGCUCAUUCCUUUUCCAGUCCCUUUUGGAGGCAGAUGGAGCCAUUUUUUGGUUUUAUCUCUGAUUCAGACAUUGCUUACUUAAAGCAACAGGGAAAUCUUGAAUCUGCAGUGCUGACACCAGCCCAAGUUAAUUCAAGUGUAGAUUUUACCGUCUCUAAUGGAUAUGUUUCGAAUGAAUAUGAAACAAGGAAUAUAGAAUAUCCAAUUGAACAGUUAGUACUGGGUACAGGGGAUGCUCAUGUAAUACCCAUCUGUCAAAGACUCAUAGCGGCGUUGAUUUCAGAGGAGGAUUAUGGUAGUGUAAGUGAAGACCUCAAAGUUGAUGCAUAUGGACCUGAAUUUGAUCUGGAUGGAGAAUUGGAAUCAAAUAACUUGGAUCACCAUUCACUGGUUAGCUUUCAGGUUGCUGGGCAUACUACUUUUAACGGUUAUAGAAUAACUGGAAAGCCAGAAAAUGAUGAGCGUGAAACCAAUAUAUUGAGCAUCCCUAACAAAUCAAUCAACUCAAAUUUUGGCCAUUCGAAAAAUGGCUUGAUUUCAGAUCAAGCAUUGAUGGCUAGCAGGGCAUGUUCAGAUUUUCAAUAUUGUAAUAUGCAGCUGAAUGAAAAAAUUCUUUUGGAGAUUCAAAGUAUUGGAAUCUACCCAGAAACAGUGCCUGAUGUAGAGCAGAUGAGAGAUCAAGAAACCAGUGAAGAAAUAAGUAAAUUAGAGGAGAAGUAUCAUGAACAGGUUUCCAAGAGGAAAAGCUUGCUAGAUAGAUUGUUGAAGUCUGUCUCAGUAACAAAAGAACUCCAAGAAAAAAAUUAUGUUGUUUACAGGGAGUAUGAACGCCGAGCACAUGACAAACUUGUUGCAAUGGCUUAUCAAAAGUAUAUGACUUGUUGGGGUCCUAAUGCCACUGGUGGGAAGAGUUCCAGUAAUAAAAUGGCCAGGCAAGCUGCCUCAGCAUUUGUAAAACGGACAUUAGAUCGGUGUCGCACAUAUGAAGAUACAGGCAAGAGCUGCUUCAGCGAGCCCUUAUAUAGGGAUAUAUUUAUUUCUGGGUUUUCUAACCUCAAUGAUGCACGGUAUGGGGAUACCACCGCAGAAGGUGAUUCUACCAAAUCAUAUGCCUCCAUCCGUUAUUUGGAAGGUUCACAACAAAGCCCGUCACAAUUGAGUCAGAAUAUGGAUAGCUAUGAUAUUAUCUCUCAAGAUGUGCUGGUGCCUCUAAAUCACGUAUCUGAUCAAACUGGUGUUAAAGAAGACACAUGGUCAAAUAGGGUGAAGAAGAGGGAGUUGUCCCUUGAUGAUGUUUGUGGUACUGCUGGUACUUCAAGUGCUCCAUCUGUCAUGGGAAGCUCUUUAUCAAGCAGUGCAAAAGGAAAGAGGAGUGAGAGGGACAGAGAUGGAAAAGGGCAUAACAGAGAGGUGUUGUCGAGAAAUGGAACUGCAAAAAUUGGCCGGCCAGCAUUAUCCAAUGUUAAGGGUGAGAGGAAAUCGAAAACCAAGCCUAAACAGAAAACAACUCAGCUAUCAGUUUCGGUAAAUGGUCUUCUUGGAAAGAUGUCAGAGCAACCGAAACCCACAUUGCCUUCUGUAUCAAAAUCAAGUGAAAUGACCACCAGUAGCAAGGUCAAGGAAAAAGAUGAUUUCGGAUUUGAUGCGUUAGAUGACCCUGAGUCUAUUGACUUGUCGAAACUACCAGGAAUGGAUGUACUAGGUGUUCCUGAUGAACUUGAUGGUCAAGCAGGAGAUUUGGGUUCAUGGUUGAGUGUUGUUGAUGAUGAUGGAUUGCAAGAUCACGACUUUAUGGGCCUUGAAAUUCCCAUGGAUGACCUUUCAGACUUAAAUAUGAUGGUGUGAAGUUGCUUCUGUACAUAGUCUUGUUCAUUAUACCGUUGACAAACAAAACACAAUUGUUGUUGUCAAGAAAUUACCAGUUAUAAGAAUAGUCAUUCGGCUAUCCGAUCUACAAUUAGGUUAUAUAGAUUCUUUCUUAGGAUCCUGCUGCACAAGUUGAUUUUUGAGUGAACCUUUGAGAUGUUUUGGAUUUUUGUCCUGUAUAAGUUGGGUGACUACUGUAAAGAUCUCUUUGUUCGAGGUACAAGUAAGUAUGUCUUAGUGAUUAUAUCUUAGCAAACACUGUAUCCUGGUUCUAGUUUUUACAAAUCAGAAAAGAAUGCCUCUUGUAAAUACAUUUUAUAUUCCUAAUAAAAUCAGCUUUUCAUUCAAUAUAA